AUGGAGAUCAUCUCAACCACGAGGAACACAUCCGGAGUGUCUACUUCCUCUGCAAAUCAUCCGACCGAGUGGAGCUUAGAGAACUUCCUCCAACAACACCCUGCCAAAUUCAAUGGGAAGUGUCUUCCUGAUGAGGCCGAUCAGUGGCUGCGAGAUAUGGAGCGGAUCUACAAUGCCAAGAGGUGUCCGGACGACAAUCGCUUGGCAUUCACUGAGUAUCUACUGACUGGAGAGGCCAGUCAUUGGUGGACGAGCAUGAAGAUGAUAUUAACGGACGCUCAAAGUCCCAUUUCAUGGGAAGUAUUCAGAAGCAAGUUUUAUGAAGAAUACUUCCCAGAUAGCGUUUGUUUCGCCAAGGAAGUAGAGUUUCUUCAAUUAGUGCAAGGAGGGAUGUCCGUCUCUCAGUACACCAACAAAUUCAAGCAUUUAGUACGAUUCAACACCAUGGCUACCAGUGAAGAGUGGCAGUGUCGGAAGUUUGAGAAUGGAUUGAGGAGCGAUCUCAAAGUACUGAUUUCAAGCCUUUGUAUUAAGUCUUUUCCAACAAUGGUGGAGAGAGCCAAAGUAUUGGAGAAGAACGUUGAAGAAGUCAAACAACAGAAGAAGCAACAACAGACGGCUAGGGGACCGGUCUCGUCUAAGAGCAAUACGAAUUUAAGCAGAAGUCCUUACGCUCGUCCUAUACCACCAUCUACUUCUAGUGGGUCUCAGUCACAAUCUUUGGUUUCUGCCAAUCGAUCUGGACAGCAAGGGGCAGUGACGUGUUUUCAGUGUGGAGGACCACACUACCGAUCAUCAUGUCCUCAGUUGUUAUGGGUAAAGUUUUGCACUCGUUGUGGGAGGAACGGACAUCUAGAGCGCGAGUGUAAUAUGGGAGGACGAGCGGUGAUGAGGCCACCAUAUGCUGGAAGAAAUCAACCAAGGGGUGGUGGCCGAGCAUAG